AUGGAGAGGAGUGCAAAAAAACAAUGCAUCCGUCAAAAAGAUGGAAUAGCACGAGGUGCUUCUGGUGUUCACACUUCAACAGAAAGUCACGGAAUGGAUAAUUCAUCAGGAUUUGACUAUGAAGUAUUCUUGAGCUUUAAAGGACCAGAUACUCGAGCAACUUUUACCGACCAUCUUUACACCAGUCUUAAAGAUGCAGGAAUCCGCACAUUUAAGGACGACGAAGAUCUCCGCGAAGGGGAAGAGUUUGCACCAGAACUUCUCCACGCAAUUAAGCAGUCGAAGAUCUUAGUACCUAUAUUUUCGAAAGAUUAUGCCACUAGUGUGUGGUGUCUCAAGGAGGUAGUCCAAAUGGUCGAGUGCAAGAAAACUGGGGGACAAAAGAUCAUCCCUAUUUUUUAUGAUGUGGUGCCUGCAGAGGUUCGGUACCAAACAGGGAAUUAUAAAAACGCCUUUCUUUUACAUGAAAGCAAGAACCGAUAUGCCCAAAAGACUAUCGGAGAGUGGAAGGCUGCUCUCAGUGCAGUUGGGGAAAUAAACGGAUGCGACCUGCAAAGCAAGCCCAUCAGGCGAGAAAGUGAGUUCGUGAAAACAUUCACACAUACGGUUUUCAAUGAGUUGAAAAAGGCUUCUCUGGUAGUAUCAAAUUACUUGGUCGGUAUCGACCACCAUGUGGAUAAAAUCAUGGAUUUGAUAGGUGCUUGGACAAGUGAAACACGGAUUAUAGGAAUCCAUGGGAUGGGUGGCAUCGGAAAGACAACUAUUGCCAAAAUCAUCUACAAUCAGCUUUCAAAAAAGUUCAAUAAUUGUUGCUUUCUUUCCAACAUCAGUGAAAUGUCAAAAACCAAGGGCAUUGAAUGCUUGCAGAAUCAGCUCAUCUCUGACAUCCUCAAAACGGAGUGGAAAAACAUAAGAAACUGUGAUGAAGGGACUCAGACAAUUAGAAACAAGUUGUCUCAUAAAAAAAUCCUCCUCCUUCUCGAUGAUGUGGAAGAAAAGGAUCAUAUAGAUGCACUUGUAGGUAAGCGUGAUUGGUUUGGUGAAGGGAGCAAAAUAAUUAUUACUACUAGAAAGAAAGAUGUUCUCCGUGUUCUGGAAGUGGACCAGAGGUAUGAGCUUACGGGCAUGGAUCGUGAUAAAUCUCUUCAACUUUUUAGCAAACAUGCCUUCAGAAGAGAUUCUCCUUUAGAAGAGUAUAUCAACCAAUCCAACAGGGCGAUAGACAUUGCUGGAGGUCUUCCCCUAGCUCUUGAGGUCAUAGGUUCACUAUUAUCCAGCACAAAUAAGGAAAUGUGGGAUACCAAAUUGAAGAUGCUUGAAAGUGUUCCUCAAGAUAAAGUCGGUAGUAAGCUGAAAAUAAGUUAUAAUGCACUAAAUUAUCGGCAGAAGCAUAUAUUCCUCGAUAUAGCUUGUCUUUUCAUUGGAUAUGACAAAGACAUUGUAGUUCAUUUCUGGGAUGCAUCUGAACUUUUUUCGGAAGUAGCCUUGGAAGGUUUGCAGAACAUGUCUUUGAUAAAGAUUGAAAAGGACAAUAAAGUGUGGAUGCAUGACCAACUUAGAAAUCUCGGAAGAGAAAUAGUUCGUGAAGAAAGUAAGAUGAAAAUAGAGAAGACAAGUAGGGUGUGGAAUCCUAAGGAAGCAUUGGAUUUGCUGAGGACACAUAAGGGAGAAAAAGAAGUUGAAGCUCUUCGUCUCAAGUUUGACAAUCAGCACAAUUUUUCCUAUAAGGACUUUGAGAGCCUGUCAAAUCUAAAGUUCCUUGAAGUUGACGGUUUGAAGGAAAAUUUUCGUGCAGAAAAGGCGCUUCUUUGGCACACAUGGCUAUCAAAUCUUCUUCCAACUAAUGUUUCCCAGAAGAAUUCAAAUCUCCUUCCCCAAUUACGGGGGCUUUCUUGGCAUGAUAUUCCCCCAAUAUUUAAGAUUACAAAUUUCUUCAUGGAGCAUGUGGUUAUUCUUGAUCUAUCUCAGAGUAAAAUUACACAUGAUUGGAAGGGGUGGAACCAUAUGAAGGUGAUGAAGAGUUUGAAAGUUCUGGAUUUGUCCAAUUGCAAUUGCUUGAAGAGAACUCCCAGCUUCUCUGCUCAUUCAAAUUUAGAGCGUUUGAUUCUACGGGGCUGUGAAUCAUUAACUGAAAUUGGUGGGUCGAUUUGUCAUUUGAAAAGCUUAGUUUCCUUUGAUGCAAGCAAAUGUGAGAAUCUUCGGAAGCUGCCAGAUGAGCUGGGUAAAGAUCUUGCAAGCCUUAAAUACCUCUCUCUGAAAUGGUGCAAAUCGUUGGAGAGGCUUCCGAAUUCAAUUAGGAAUUUGAAAUCGCUGAUUGAGUUGGAUAUAACCUGCACAGCAAUCAAAGAACUACCCGAUUCCAUUGGAGAUUUGAAAAAGUUGAAAGUAGUGAAGAUGAGGCAUAGUAGCAUAAGCAAAAUACCCGAAGCCUUUUGGACGAUUGAGAAGCUCGAAGAAAUAGAAGCCUUCAAAUUAUAUGGUAAUUUCCAUAUGGAAAUUGGCAAGUGCAUCUACAAUAAUAAAUCCCUGAGGAUCUUGAGAGUGAAGCGGGCUGAUAUAUACACACUACCGAGGCUUCCUGAAAGUCUUAUCAAAUUACGAUUGUCUAUGUUGUACAUGGACACAUUUCCAGAUCUCUCAAACCUCAUUAAUUUAAAGAAAUUGAAUUUGGAAUUUGGCCUACUUGAUGAUGAUGGGCUUGUGGAUGAUUCAAUACCACGGUGGAUUGCGAACUUAAGCAAACUAGAGUCUUUGAAACUGGACUCUCAUUAUGUGACCACCGUAUCCAAAAACCUUAGCCUCCUUCCUCAACUCAAGGCACUUCGCCUUCGGUGCACUAAUGUGCCUUGCCCCCAGAGGCUUCCCUCAAGUUUAUUGGACGAUCACAAGUCACUUUGCUCGAUGGAUCUAUCAAAUUUGAAGAAACUAUCAUCCCUCGAGAUUUCGGAUGCUCAAAUUGCAAAGAUUCAAGGCCUUGGUUGUUUGGAGAACCUACGAGAUUUGGAGCUUCAUCGCCUUAGACAGGUGGAGAUACUACCUGAUCUAAGCAAUUUAAACAAACUAAGACGUCUUGAAGUAGAAGAUUUAAGAAGUUGUCCUAAUCUGGUUGAGAUUCAAGGUGCACUGCCACAAUCUUUGGAAAUAUUGGAGAUUUCUUCCUGUGAAUCUUUACAGAAGUUGCCUGAUCUGUCCAACUUGAAGGAACUGCGACAGGUUGACAUAGAAGGUUGCACGAAAUUAAAUGGGGAGACCAUUCUAGGCUCUGCUCGGAGAAGUCAGGCGAAUUUGUGGGAGAAUCUACUAUAUUUGCGGAUUUGUGGCCUUGGACAGAUGGAGAUACUACCCGAUCUAAGUAAUUUAAGCAAACUAAGAUGUCUUCAAGUAGAAAAUUGUGGUAAUCUGGUUGAGAUUCAAGGUAAUCUACCACAAUCUUUGAAAGAGUUGAAUAUUUAUUCCUGUGAUUCUUUACAAAAGUGGCCUGAUCUGUCAAGUGUGAAGGUGAAGAGACUGCGAAAGGAUAAAACAAAUUGUUUAGAGAAAUUAAAUGUAGACGCAAUCUCUUGA